GUUGAUGUCACCGACAAAUGACCGAAGACCUGAAUAAAAUGACAAGACGAAACCGUAAACCGGAAGAGACUUGAAAUGCUUUGAUUGUAUAGUGUCAUGAGAGUCGGAAUUCACCACCUUGAUUAAUCAGACUUGACGAUGACAGAGUGCCAGGAAGAGUCAAUCCCGUCAUCUGUCAAUAAGGACAUGGUUCUCCCACCGAAUUCUCACGCACUGCAAGGAGAUAAUGCAGAAGCUGGUCCAGCUUUGAGACAGCAUCUUGGGGAUGUUGCUGGGAAGGAACUGUGUGUUAAUGAAGAUGUUGAGGUGGAGGCAACAGGAAGAAAUGAAAACCUUGAGUUAGAGGGAAAGGUUGACGAGUCAGAGGAUACACAAGAGCAACAUCAUCUUGCGAUUGAACAAACUAAAGACGUUACUGAACAUUUUUUUAUGCAUGGCACCAAUGAUGAGGGUGGUGGUGAUAAUAAUAAGCUGUGGAGUAGGCGAGAACAUGGUCAACCAACCGAUGAAAACGUGCACAAUGGCGAGAAUGUUUCUACCUCAAGUACAAUAAAUCAUGCAACCAAUCACCUAAGUGCUGAUGAUGUAGUUGAGAACUCGCAAGAUGAGGCAACGUUACAAUGUGAAGAAACGUCAGACACAAAUGUUGACAUCUCUCAGAAUGCAUUCUCGGACAGUGGUAGUCCGCACAACCUCUUGAAUCAAACGGAUUCAGUGACUAAACCACCAGCCACUUGUACCGACCAGUCUGCCAAAAUUGAACAGCUUACUCAUGACUCUGAGAUGCAGGAAGAUAUUGAGUGUACCCCAAACGGUCCUCACGAUGAUUUGUCCGAGAUUUCGCCGCAAUCCAAAUCAGUAACUUCCACCCACAGUCCACUUACUACUUCCUAUAUUGGUCACCCAUCCUCCUCUUGUGCAAUUACAGAUAGCAAUUUAUCAGAAUAUAUUCCAUCACUUUCCAAUGCAAAAAAUUAUCAUUCCCAAACGGCACACGCUUCAAGUAAAACCAACGAAUCCGAUAGAAUUGGAGGUGACUCAAAGGCGGGAAUGACCGACCCAGCAGUGAGCGACGUGGCGGCAACAUGCGUUGAGUCAGGUUCGAAAGCAUUAUCUCUGGACUCCACCUCCGAACAGAGAGACCUGAAGCUUGACGUUCAAGCUGUCAAGAUUAAAAUGGAGUCCGCUGCAAUGAUACCAGCAGUUACUGAAAGUAGAACAUCACGACCGGAGUGUGCCGGCAGUACGAGGUCAGAGGAGUUUUGUCAAAAUCAGUAUGAUGACCUGAUAUCGGAGCUUGAUGCUGAACUUGAAGAAUUAUUAGACACCAAGGCAUUGGCAGCAGGUGAUCCUGCAAAUGGACUUUUGAUAAUGGGAGCUGUUACAGAUGACAUCCAAGAAUUUAAGUCACUGAGGGAACAGUCCAAAGAACUGCAGAACAAGGUGGAAACUCUGACUGUAGAAUUGAAAAGGAUGCAAGAGCAGAUUUCUGACCAAAACACACAAAUAGCUGACUUUGAAGAAGAGAGGAAGGCAUCCAUCUCGAAAUUGAAGAAAGGAGAAGUUGCCCAAAAUCAGCUCCAACUCAAGGCAAAAGAGCUUCAAGAUGAGAUUGAGCAGCAGAAAGUUGAGUUGGGAGCAGCUAAGGAACGCUUGACAUCCCACGAUGGUGCAGCAAAGAAAGCCAUUACCAAGCUACAACAGGAGAUGAUUCUUAGGGUGGACCAGGUGAAGUCCAUGUACGAGGAGACCAUCAAGGAGAAGGAAGCGAUAGUCAUUAAGUAUGCCAAGAGUGAGAAGGAGGUGAUGGACCAGAAGAAACUCCGAGAGGCUCUGGAAAGAAAAAAGAAGGAGCUGAACCUGACGGUGGAAUCGCUGAACGCUCAGCUCAAGGAGGCCAAGAAAGACCGCCACAAGAUGAAGCAGGUCGCUGGCUCCAAGGAGACGGAAGCUUCGUCACUGCAGAAAGAGAUCGAGCAGCUGAAAGAAGAGGUCAGUUCUCAAGGAAUUAAAGUCAAAUGGGCGCAGAACAAACUCAAGACAGAGCUGGAUUCACACAAGGAUACCAAAGUAAGAUUAGCAAAGACAGAGCAGAGACUGGUCGAGGCAAAAGAAGAAACUGAGCAAAUCCGCAAGAACUGUCAGGAGAUGAUUAAGACAUAUCAGACAUCUGAGGAAGUCAAGUCCAACAGUCUGGACAAACAGUUGAGAGUGAAGCACAGCGAACUGGAACAGAAGCUGCAAGAGCAGAAAGAUCAUCUUGAGGUCCACCAGGAAAGACUUCGAGAGUUAGAAUCUCUUAAAAAGAGACUCGCUGACAACAUGGCUGAGCUGGAUUCCUUUAAAGUCAAGGCAAAGUGUCUGGAAGAUGAGCGGCUCCACAGUGAGGAACUUCUUGCCAAGUUUAAGGAACUUUUAAACUCGCAGAAAGAUGAGAAUCGGAGACUGAAUAAACAGCUAGAAGAAAAGAAAGUCAUAAGUCAGCAGCUGGAACACUUGAAAGAGACGGAGAUUCAGCUGAGAUCUGAGGUAUCCGGACAGAAAGUCGACCAAUCAGAUCUUGAGCUGGAGCUCGAGUCGUCUAGAGAGAAGGCAACAGAGCUACUGCAGUUCACUCAGAAGAUCACAGCCAAGAAUACUAGUCUCAGCUCAGACAAUUCAGUCCUUCAAUCAAAGGCAUCGUCGCUGGAGUCCGAAGUCCACAAACUACAGAAAGAGCUGGGGGUGUUGCAGACUAGCUACAGUCAGCUUAGUGCUGAGUUAAAGCAGGAGCAUCAGUUCCGUGAGCGUGAGGCGUCCAUCUUGACGACAAAGUUGAGCGAGAAAAGUCGGGCUGUGGAGCAGCUUUCCAUCCAGCUAGACGAGGCCAGAGAUGACAAUAAGACACUGAAGAGAAAACACGUUGCAAACACAAAGGACCUGACCAGACAGUUACAGCAGGCCCAUAAACGCCUAGAAUCCUUAGAGUCUACAGAUAAUGCUCCUCGUGACAACCUGAGCGUAGGAUCCAGGACAAGUAGUUCGGGUUCUCUCGACACGCUACCAGGCUCCACUCCCAGUGCGGUUAACUCUAGUGGAUCAUCCGUUUCUAUCACAACGUCGGGUUCAUCCAAGAUUGAAGAGCACAGUGCCCCUCAAGACCACACUGUUGCGAUUGCCACCGGUAACGAUUACCCAGGGGUGGAUAAAGGAAUGCUGGUGGAUCGCAUCGUGAGGCUGCAGAAGGCUCAUCAACGUAAAAAUGAUAAAAUGGAAUUCAUGCAGGAGCACAUAACCCACCUCAUUGACGAGCUCAAGAAGAAAUCCAAAAUUAUCCAGCAGUAUUUCAUGAGAGACGAAGCUGGUGCCCUUGCACCUGUAUCAAGUGACAUCAAUAAGCCAUCAGGCUUGCUUAGCACCAUGGCGCAGAUGUCCAAGCAAGGUGGAAUCAUGUCUUCACUCUACCGCUCUCAGCAAACAGACCCAACCAUGACCCUUGACCUCUCUUUAGAGAUUAACCGCAAACUACAGGCCGUUCUUGAGGAUACAUUAAUAAAGAAUAUCACAUUGAAGGAGAAUAUAGAGACCCUUGGUGUGGAGAUAGCUCGGCUUCUUAAAGAUCAGCAGAAGAAACCAAUGCAUCAUGCCAGCCAUAGAUGAUGUUGCCAGCCAUGAUAACUUUGUCCAUUAUACAAUUUUAAAGACAGUAAGUUUAACAACAAUACACAUUAUUCUAAAGUUUUACUAUAGUUUAUAAAGCUACACCUUUACCUGUUA